CACAGUUUUUGUUGCACACGGAAGUUCGCCGUUUCCUUGGCAACAACGUCAGGUUCGCUGUUUACAAUCCGCGUUGAAGAUCAAACAAUUAGAAAACAACAAUGGACAUCCAGGAGCGAAGUAUCCCGAGCUGUGGAGAGAACAUCGUAGAAAUGGUCGACAUGGACGAAGAAAACUUUGCUUUCUCCAGUUCCUCAGCUGCAGACACCGCUUUUGAUGCUGCCGUCGGCUGCAUAGAGGGCAUCAUCAUGGAGGACGAGUUCCAGCAGCUGCAGCAGAGCUUCAUGGAGAAACACUACCUGGAGUUUGAGGACUCUGAGGAGAACAAGCUCAGCUACACAUCAAUCUUUAACGAAUAUGUCGCCCUGCUGGAGAAAUACCUGGAGCAGCAGCUGAUGGAGAGGAUCCCCGGCUUCAGUAUGAACACUUUCACAGAGCUGCUCAUGCAGCACAAAGAGGAGGUGCCAGAUGACAUCUUUGAAAUGCUGCUGUCGUUCACUGACUUCAUGGCCUUCAAGGAAAUGUUUCUGCUAUACAGAACUGAGAAGGAGGGCCGAGGUGUGGACCUGAGUCAAGGAAUUAGGGUCACGUCUCUGAUCCCUGCGGGCUCCAAACACACCGGCUCCACUGGAUCGCAGUGACACUCACACACUUGAAUUGCCUCCUCCUCCUUCAUAUGUUGAUGUAAAAUGUUCUCCACGGGCCUUCAGAAAGUAGUUGUCAGUGUUUUUUUGUGAGUACUCUGAUGAUGAGCUGCUGGUUACACUCCCUGUAAAUCUACAGUCUGUGCACAAAUGGCCCCAAACGGCAAAUUCAUAUAUAUCAUAUAUUUUAAUGUGGUGGGUGGGAUGCUGUGUGUGUGUGUUUGUGUUUGAGGGCCUCUGUAGUUCAAGAGGGAAGGCGGUGAACCACUGUGCUGGACUUGAAGUAUUCCGCUUUUGUUUAACUGGAAUUUGUAGGUGCGAGGCCUAAUCCUGAUUUCACAGUCAUCCUCUUAUUCACACAUUCGAUUAAGAUUCAGCAUUUAUUAGUUCAGCCUGGUUGGGGAGUGGAAACUCAUCCUCUUUGUCCUUAUGUGAAAGGCAUUCAUAACCCCCCCACCACCCAGUAAACAGGGACAACCAUUUGAUAUGUUGGAAUCUGCUCUCUUUGCCUGCUAUGUAAUUUAAUGAGAAAAUAAUAUAGCAGUACUAAUAUAUGUUUUAAGAAUUUUUAAAUUAUUUGGUCAGUUUGAAAAGAACUGACUGAGUUUUGUGCCUGUGAAAGUGGUUUUUAAUGUGUAUAUACUGAUUGUAUGUGUGUGUGUGUAUGUAAUUAGGAAUAAGACCUACACGGUGUAGUUUUCAGUACAAUGUCAAAGUGUUUUCUACUUGUCUUACCAUGACAGCUGUAAAUGUAAAAGUGUAUUUAUGUCACUGGUGAAAUACUGUUGAUUUGUUAGUUAAAAAGUAUUUUCAAAUAAACAGGUAAAAAAAAGCCUUA